AUGACAUUCGGACUCGAGAAACCCGACGCUCCAGACUCCUUCUCCAUGGUCCGCGUCCGGGGUGCCCAAAACAUAGCCCCCUUCCUAACUCUCUUUCAUUCCCACGCCCACACCGAGCUCGACACUGCCCUCGUCUACGGCGACGGCGACACCGAAAAGGUCCUCGCCCAAGCCCUCUCCACCAUCCCCCAUGCCGUUCCUCACUUUAAGAUCUCGACAAAGGUCCCGCCGUUUGUGAUGGAGGAUAAGAAGCAGAGGGGGCAUACGAGAGAGAAUUUGGGGAAGCAGUUUCGAGAGAGUUUGAGGAGUUUGGAAGUGGAGAGGGUGGAUAUCUUGUAUUUGCAUGCGCCGGAUAAUGAGACGCCGUUUGAGGAGACUUUGAAGGCUGUUGAUGAACUUUAUCGCGAGGGGUUGUUUGAGCGGUUCGGCUUAUCAAACUACUCAUCCUGGAACGUAGCGCUCAUCCACGAGCUCUGCAAACAGAACGGAUACGUCCUUCCCACAGUCUACCAGGGCAACUACAACCCCAUCGGCCGCUCCGUCGUCCCGGAGUUGCUCCCCUGCCUCAAACAUUUCAGUAUUGGAUUCUAUGCUUACAAUCCGAUCUGUGGAGGCGUGUUGUCGGGCAAGUACAAGUUUGAUGGCGAUGUUCCUGAGGGUAGUCGGUAUGAUACCAAGACUCGCAUUGGACCUAUAGCGAGAGGGAUGUACUGGAACAAGACAAACUUCGAAGCCAUCGAAACCCUCAAAGCCGCCGCCGCCAGGACUCACAACAUCACACUUCUCGAAGCAACCCUCCGUUGGAUGCGUCAUCAUUCAGGACUCAACGGCAGGGAUGGGAUCAUCAUGGGCGCCUCGACGGUGGAUCAGUUGAGCGAGACGUUGACAGCGUUGGAUAGGGGGCCAUUGGGUGAGGAGAUGGUUAAGGCUUUUGAUGAUGCGUGGGAGCAUGUUAAGGGUAUUUCUGAGUGGUACUUUCAUGAUCCCCAGCCGGAAGCUGUCAAGGAGGAGUGA